UCUAAUGUAUUUGACAUGUAUUUGCAAGAACCAUUAGGCCUACUCGCCAUCAGGUGCAUAACUCUGAUAUCUCUACUCCCCAUGUGCAGUGAGCCAGAGAUUGAUAUAUUUGAAUCAAUUGAUAGGAAAAGGCGUGAAGAAGAGAUGGAAGUCUGGAAGAAGUUGUGUUCAGAAAGUGUAACACAAAGUUCAGAGCCCAUUCCUCCUUUGCCCUCUCGGCUUCUUACUGAUGAAGACUUGAAACCAUUUUAUGAAGCAAUGAAAAUAAAUGAUAAGCCAGCUGUGGCUCCUAACCCUGGGUUAAAACGGAAAGGUGAGAGUCUUGGGGGCCUUGAUAUCCAACAUUAUGGACGUGGAAAAAGAACAAGAGAGGUUCGCUCAUAUGAAGAGCAAUGGACAGAAGAGGAAUUUGAGAAAAUGUGCCUUGCUGAGUCUCCUCAAUCACCUAUUCCAAGGGAAGAAAUUCAGGAAAAGAAAUUGCUUCCAGUCUCUGGCAGUUGUCCUGCUCCUGUUGUUGCCAUUGGUGAAAUACAAACACCAGCACCGGAUCAAUCUCCUCCCCAGCAGCCUGCGCAAGAACUUCCCCAACAGCCUGCCCAAGAACUUCCGCAACAGCCUGCACAAGAGCUUCCCCAACAACUUGUUGGGCCGAUAGUUCAACAAAGCCCUGUGACCGUGACUCCGCCAUCUAAACGGGGCCGCGGAAGGCCAAGGAGGACAGCAGUAGUGACUGAAAUCUCACCGUCCCCUGUCGUUCUUUCAGCAACCGCAGCUGUAAAGGUGGAUAGCAUAUCAGUUGCAGAAAAUACUUCUACCAGUCAGGCAACUUCUGGGCCUGUUUCUGUGUCCAUUCCUUGUGCUUCCUCUGUGGAAAGUACCAGUGCAACUAUCCUAGAGAGUGCUACUGCUGUUGCUCCUUGCCAUCAGCCAGUUGUUCCUUCUGUUGCUUCUCUGUCUGGUCCUCCUUGUCCUCCUACAAGUGGGCAGGGUAGGGGACGAGGUAGAGGGCGAGGUCGAGGUCGAGGGCGAGGUCGGAAGGUUGAAAAUGGAGGAGAAGCUCCAGGGCGUAGAGGAAAACGACAGAGUGUUACAACAGAGGCGUUUCUCUCCCCUCCAACUCAAGCAAUAAGUGAGCCUGUCUCGGCAGCACAAGGUGUGAAUGUUUUGAGCUCUUCAAGUCACCAUAUGCCUCCAACACCUCCCUCAAUGGGAAAGCCUGAUCUGGU